AUUUCGCAAUCUGCAAGGAAAAAUUCUAAGGUUCGCUUCUUUUCUCUCUGAUCUUGAUCUCUUUAAUUUCCUCUGCUUUAUUUUACUUUCCGUCGUUCCUCCGCCGUGCCAGAUCUUAGAUUUGGUUUUUUCCGAUUUCAAAUCUUGUUUCUCCGAUUCUUUUUGAUUCACCCGAGCCAAAGAUGUCUCUCUCCGAUUCGAGCGAUUCGUCCCGAGGCAGAAACAUUCCUGUUCACGAAAGGAAGAUGAUUUGGAGCAGUCCCUCGGAAGGACCCGAGGCAAGUUUUUCGGAUCGCUCCGAGGCGAACAGCCAUAGCGAAGCGAAAUCGUCAUCCGUGGACCAAGAUCCGAGCCAAUUUGUGGCUCGGGGGGAUACCUUUGCGAAUGUGGCUCGGGAUGAGGAUCUUCCUGUAGCGUCCCGUCCCGGACGUCUCGGCGUCCGUCGACCAUUGACGCUCUCCCACGAUAGAGAUUGGGGAUCGUACGUUCCUCUUGGUUCACGGUGGCCGAAUCAAGCUCUUGGCUCAUUGGUCCAUCCGUCUUCCAAACGUACGCCCCUUCGGUUUACCAACCGUUUACCCGUCCGAUCCAUGGUGGUCGGUAAAGCCUUCGGCUUAUCGAUCCAUCCAUGUGCUCCGAACGAUACCAUUAUCACACCCAAGGGUCCGUGGAUUCAUCCAUCGGAUUAUCGUAGGCUUGCCCAUGAAAUCAUUCGUUCGUCGGCCAUUGGUUUACUCGCGGGUCCAACACCCGUUUUGUCCAUCGGUUCUCACCGUGGACUUUCCCGUUGGUUAUCCGUCGAGUCACCAUUGGUCUUACCGAUUUCCGAUCGGUUUCACCAAGGCUGCGACGUUUGAUUCAUAAGGCGGCCGCGAUAUUUGAUCCUUACA